AUGUCACUGUGUAGCCAGGCCAAUUUUGAGGAAGACAGCCAGAAGGAAGUAGCUGUGGGACACUGGAAGACACUAAUGCCAUCCAAAGGCAGCAAGGAGGAGCCAGAAGCUGGGUGCCAAGAUGCUGGAGGUGUGGAUGAGACCCAGACCACCGAGCAGCUCGAUGUGUCACGUCUACGCAGCUCCUCAGUGGAGAUCCGUGAAAAGGGGUCUGAAUUCCUGAAGGAAGAGCUGCACAAAGCACAAAAGCCAUCCAUGCCAGGGGUGAAGCACCUCAUCAGGGAGGCAGUAGCUGUGUGCAGGGUAAAGGAACUGGUGCUGCUGGACCCAAAGCAGGUCGUCAAAGCUAAUCCUGGCCUCUUCAUCCAGGCCAAUUUUGAGGAAGACAGCCAGAAGGAAGUAGCUGUGGGACACUGGAAGACACUAAUGCCAUCCAAAGGCAGCAAGGAGGAGCCAGAAGCUGGGUGCCAAGAUGCUGGAGGUGUGGAUGAGACCCAGACCACCGAGCAGCUCGAUGUGUCACGUCUACGCAGCUCCUCAGUGGAGAUCCGUGAAAAGGGGUCUGAAUUCCUGAAGGAAGAGCUGCACAAAGCACAAAAGGAGCUGAAGCUGAAGGACAAAGAAUGUGAGAGGUUGUCAAAAGUCAGAGAACAACUGGAGCAGGAACUAGAGGAGCUAACAGCUAGCUUGUUUGAGGAAGCGCACAAGAUGGUGAGAGAAGCAAACACUAAACAGGCGGCGGCGGAGAAACAGCUGAGGGAGGCACGGGGGAAGAUUGACAUGCUGCAGGCAGAGGUGACAGCUCUGAAGACCCUGGUGAUCACGUCCACACCUUCCUCUCCCAACCGGGAGCUGCACCCUCAGCUCCAGAGUCCUUCCAAAACUGUGUUCAGGAAGGGCCACGGGCGAAACAAGAGCACCAGCAGUGCAAUGGUCUCAGCUGCCAGCCAGAAUGUGACUCCAGAGCCAGUCAGUCGGGAGUGCAAAGAGGUCGACUCCAUUUUAUUUGCUGAAUUCCAGGCCUGGAAAGAAUCUCCAACUUUGGAUAAAUCCUGCUCCUUCCUAGACAGAAUUUAUCGAGAAGAUGUAGGACCUUGUCUGGACUUCACUAAGCAGGAGCUGUCGGAGCUGGUACGAGUGGCCGUGGAGCAGAACACACUCACCAUUGAGCCCGUUGCUUCCCAGACACUGCCCGUGGUGAAGGUGUCAGCAGAAGAGUGUGGUGGGCCAAAGAAAUGUGCUCUGAGUGGCCUCCCCAGGACUUGCAAACACCGCAUCAUGCUGGGGGAUUCUGGGAGUUACUACUACAUUUCACCAUCCUGCAGGGCCAGGAUCACAGCAGUGUGCAACUUCUUCACAUACAUUCGCUAUAUCCAGCAGGGCUUGGUGAGGCAGGAUGUGGAGCUGAUGUACUGGGAGGUCAUGCGGCUCCGCAGGGAGAUGUCCUUGGCCAAACUUGGGUUUUAUUCCAGUGAGAUGUGAGCAGAGGCCCAAGCAUGGAAGGAAACUGCUCCUGGAUGAACAGCUUGUCAAACGUAGUCUGCUGAACAGAUGGAUGCAAUCCCUCUCCUGCAGUGGGUCUUCUUCCCUCCCUCUGCCUGGAGCUAAUCAAGAAGCAAGAAGCACAAGUUCCACUUCCAGCUGUCCCACUUCUCCAACUGUGACUGGAAAGCAGCUGCCAAGCUACC